GGAGCCACGCGACGCACGCGAUAUUACGCCUCAUAGAUUAAGCUAAAAAUAGUCUAGUUUAACUUAUUCCUUGCUCCUAACAGUCGCGUGGACGACGUUGCACUGGCCACAGCUGGACAAAUAGAAAAUAAAAUAACGUUAUAAACAGUUAAAUGGCCAUCUUUAAUUUUUCUUUUCCCGCGUUUUAGGGACUGUUUUUUUUUUUUCUAAUAAUUCUUAUUUAAAGUUGUGUUUUUUUUUUCUCUUUAUUUCGAAAAUGGCAAAGAAGUUCGGUUUUAGAAUAUCAGUGUUGGUAUUUUUGGUAUUAUUUGUAAAUCAGGACAGUGCCAAGAUAACGGACAAUAAAACCUUUGAUAGUUCCGCUGAAGUCAAAUCUCCGAGGAAGAUGACCGACGGUGCGGCAUUAUUGUUCGCGGACGAACUCAAACAAACACUCGAGAAGUAUCUAUUUGGGAUCUGUCCACAGACUUACAAGUCUCGUUGGUUACAGAUGUCCGCCGCCAAGGGCAAGAAUGCAACGAUGCCCGCCUGCGACCUGGACGAUGAGCAGCAAGACCUGGCUGGAAGAUUCGCUACGCUAGCUCUCCGCGCUCACACAGCCUCCAGGUCAGACUGCUCGAGGCUUGCCACGUCCCUGGUGAAUGUCCUCGGUGAUUUAGCGCGCACGGCAUCAAGCAGACAAGUCCUGGCAGCCGCGGCCAACGAAGCCAACAAGAAACGAAAGCUCUCCAAAAGUCAAAAGCUGAAGAUACAAGCGAAGCAGCGGACCGCCCUCGCUGUCAAAAAGAAGGCGGCCGCAGUCGCCGCCGCGGCGGCCGCCAAGAUGACGACUUCUUAAAACAGAAUCUUCAUUUUAACGGAGGGCGCGUUUUGUGUACAAUGACGUCAUAGUUCAAGAGUGCGAUGCAAACUCACGAACACCGUUGCGUUAAAGGGACAGAGCGUCUCUCUCGCAUCUCGGCUAUGCAAUAACAAAUAUAGCCUUUAUUUAUAAUGCCUUAAGUAACUUAUUCUACAAAGUACCUACUAAAAAAUUAAAUCGCUAAUAAACAUAUUAAUUAAUUAUAAGAUAUACGACAUCGUUUGUAAAUAAUUAUAAGAUACUAACCAUUACUGUUACGUUAAGUUAAAUUUUUGAAUAAAA